CAUCUCGAAGUGGUCCAUAGCCUCACCACGCAAUCGUGCCUGAUGGCCCUCCGGAGGUUCGCGUGCAAACGCGGCGUUCCCGAGAAAGUGUUUUCCGACAACGCUACGUGCUUUCGGGGAGCGGACGCGGCGAUGACGAAGGAGAUCAACAAGGAGUGCGCGGAGCAGAUGACGUCGCCGACCACUUCAUGGUCCUUUAUCCCACCUGGGACGCCCCACAUGGGCGGGGCCUGGGAACGGAUGGUGCGAUCGGUGAAGGAGGCGUUGCGCGCACUUGACGACGGACGAAAGCUGACCGACGAAAUUCUCUCGACAUCUUUGGCCGAGGCCGAAGACAUGAUCAACACUCGGCCGCUGACGUACGUCCCUCAAGAUUCCGCUGAAGAAGAAGCCAUUACGCCAAACCACUUCCUGCGCGGGACGGUAACGAGCGCGGACCUCAAAGUGGACGAGACGGUGGACACCGCUGCUGCACUGCGAGAUGUCUACAAGCGGAGUCAGCAGCUGGCGGGCAAGAUGUGGGAGCGGUGGUCGAAGGAAUACCUGCCUUCACUUAACCGGCGCCCGAAGUGGUUCGAGGAUCGGAAGCCGCUCGAAGCUGGAGACCUGGUGUUCGUGGUUGACGGCAAGAACCGGAAGAGCUGGGUACGAGGUCGAGUGGAGGAGGUCUUCAAGGGGUCGGACGGACGAGUUCGGCAAGCGGACGUGAGGAGUGCGGACGGGAAGGUCAACAGGAGAGCCGUGGCGAACUUAGCGGUGUUGGAGAUAAUGGACGGUAAAUCCGACGUGCUGGAAUGCCCGACGGAUGUUACGGGCUGGGGUGUUGCGACCGCCAAGAUGGGAACACUGCCAUGCGGUGUGACGGCGACGGUGCAAUCGUCCGACACCGUCUUGGCUGUCAACACACGCGAAAAGGAGGAGCAAGCAAAAACAAAGUGCGUGUGUGACACCCAGUUUCAAGACACACGUUGCAAGUCACCAUUUGCGAAGAGUAAGGCAAUUUAGUGCGGGAUAUUUUCUUUCGGUUAGUUGCGCGGAAAAAAGUAUAUUUCGUUGUGAAAGUAGUUUGAAUUUAUUGAAAACUCCAAUUUACACACCUACGCUAACUUGAUUUCUGCUGCUAAAA